AUGAGCUCUGGAUCAUCUCCCAAAGACACGGCCACAUCACUAGAUGAAGUAACCGAACGAUUAGAACUUGUGAAAGAAGAAAUCAAAGGCCUCAAUGACAAUUACGAUAUGGUGCAAGGUAGGCUGCGCGCCGUCGACAAGAAACUGCAAAAGAGUGAAACCAUCAACAAGGAACUGGAUGAAUUGAAAGCAGAAGAAGUACAAUCAGAACGUCAACUAGAGCAACUCAAGCACAAGGUAGAAAAUACACUGUCGAUUACCGAAGCGUUGGAGGAGAAAGGCGUGUUAGAUGAGGAUGCGACCGACGAGCUGUUACAAAUCAAGAUUCGAGAGACUCUUGAUUUGAUUGCAUCGCUUACAAAAGAUGUGGAGAAGAAGAAAAAGGAGCUAGCUGAUUUACAAGCAGAACAAGAUGACUAG